AGUAUCUAAUAGCCGAAUAUCUUUUUGAUUACUCAGAUUAUUCGAUAAUCAAGUAAAUUCAAGAACUGAGCAAUAUUUGAGGCAUUUAUCUAGGUGCAUAGGUGCCAGUGUUGCCUUACAGCGCUCAAACGCACUGUAUGUGUAAUGUUGAGACUGCGGCCUCAACUUUUUAUGUUCUUGCAGUUGAAUGGAGCUGUCGCAAAGACAGCCUCACACACGCACACACACAGACAGACAGACAGGAAGAAACGUGGACAGGAACAGGAACAGGGGCAGGAGAACUUUUGUUUGUGUUUAUUGUGGUGACAAAAGGGAAAUUAGCAAUGACAAUUAGCCGGGAUUGCCCAUGUCCGUGUCUCAGCCUGUGUGUGGGUGUGUGUGCUUGUACAUGGUUUCAUUAAUUAACUGAGACAAGAAUGAGAGAGUCAAACAAGGCCAAGAGGAAGAGUUACUGUCCCAGGAGACACAUACACGGAGAGAUUCAGUAAGUUAGUAACUCUUUGCGGCUACUGCUGUGGCUACUCAUGCCCUAAUGGACCAUCUCAGUUGGGGUUAAUCUCUUUAAACACGGCCACUCAGCUCCACUCCAACCACGGCAUACAGAUACUCGUACUCGUAAACCGAAACCCCACUGCCACCAACACCACCACCACCACCAACGAACAGCAAAAGUUAAUCAGUGUAAGAACUUCUUGCAUCGCAUCGCCUGGAUCGCACACGGAUUUAGAUCGGCCAGCUCGUCCCAGAUGGCUUGUGGCUGCGCACACAGUAGUUUAGGAUACACAGAGAAGGAUAGACUUAUAGUGACGCCGGGACAGGGACAGCGGCAGCAGCAUCCACGCCAGCGCCGCCAGGUGCGUCUUCUUCAGAACAGUCCGUCCUCCGACCAGAGCAACGGCACGUUGGUGGCACAGCGCCUGAUCAACUCCGGCAGCAGCACCAAAAUGAAGACGCUCUCCUCCUUCAUCAGCGAGCAUCCCGAGGAGCUGGCCCAGCAGUGUCGCGUCCAGGCCAACCCCAACGCCACUGGCAAUGUGAAUGGCCAGCAGACGACGAAGUGGAAGAGCCUCAGGGCCGUGAUGGCUUACUACUGCUCACUGCGACGCAUUAAGAGGAAUGUUGCUCACUAACCUACUAUCCAUAUACUCGUGCAUAUAUGCGUAUAUACCUACAAUAUCUGUUUAACUGGAGAUUCAAGUUUUUCUAGCGUUAUCUAACCUAUGUUUUUGUGUGUGUGUAAACUAUCUUGCAUUGUGUGCGUGCGUGCGUGCGUGCGUACGCACGUGUGUGUGAGAUAAUCCCCCUUCUUGCUCACCCUCCACAGAAAAUAAUCGUAAAGUCCUUGAUAUGACCCUCGAUACUAACUAACCGACUAACUCUCAUUGAUCGCUCUCUCUCACACAUACACACACUCUUUGUCUCUCUCUCUCUCUGUCUCUGUUACUAAUUACUAACCCGAUCUUAUCGUAGUGUAUGAACCUAUGUGUAACUAUCUAUAUAUCUUAUAUAUCAUUGAUGUGUAAGCGAAUGCCAGACCUCUCUCAAAACUCAACUCAACUCAACUCUAAUCCAAAUCGCUCGUUCGCCUGCUCGCUCAUUCGCUAACUCUUUCCCUCAGUCCAUCAUUAGAUCUGUUAAUUUUUCUCUGUGUCUCUAUUUCUCCCACUCAAUGUUCUAGGGCUCUAGGGCGGUACAGUUAAGCCUUGUCAAAGAAACAACAAUAAACAUUUCAUUUCACUCCCUUCGGAUAAGGCUGCCUUUAAGCGGUUUUUAAGGGGUUUUCAUAAGUGGUGCAAAGCAUUGGACAGAUAUAUGUUUAACCAUAUGAAUAAUACCUUAUUUUAUGAGGGAGGUACAUACAUAGCUCUGGAGUUUUAGUUCAGGGUGAGCCAAUUCUGUAUUAUUUAAAAUUUGCAGGUACUGAGAAUAUAAAUUACCGACAUUUUCAACUCCAAAACUUGAAAACUUUCUCCACACAAUCUCUCGCUUAAUCAGUGUUGAAAAGCGUUUCGUUUGUCAGAAAUUUACAUAAGUUCAUCAACCAUGCACAUGUCCUGUACCAUGUAUGUGUACAAGCGGUAGCACUGUAUUAUUUAGAGAGAACAGAAACGAUUUUGGCUCAGGAUUAAAGGAAUUUCAGCACGCAACUUUAAAACUUUCUCGUUGCUCUACAGGGAUUUACUCGUUUGAUAAGUGUUGGAAAGCGCGUGACAAAAAUUUGCAUAUAUUAAGCAUAUGCAUAACUAUUUCUCAUAUGGCGGAGGUAGCACUGUAUUAUUUGGAGGGGAGCAAAGGUGUCAGGGCCGGGAACACUCCACUCGUACACUUAACCACUUUCUGUUCUAGUUUCGGUUCAUUUUUGGCAAGGGGAAACUUAAAAGUUUACCCCACCUAAACAAGUUGAUGCCAAGCUGAGGCAAGCACACACAGAUACAGAACUCACACACAGAUGCACACACAGAUACACACGUGCAUAUACAUGGCAUGACAGUGUAAAGGGGCUGAAGAAGCAGAAGAACUUUUGCUUGAAAAAUCUCUGCAAACAGCAAAAGUUAAAGUGGCUUUUGUUUGUGUGAGAAGAGAGAGUGUGUGUAUGUGUGAAUCGAUAUGUUUAAGCUGCUGCUGGCUGCUGGCUCCUACUGGCUGCUGCCUGCUGGCUGCAAUGUAGGCGAACUUUUGACACAAAUACACCAACACACAGACACACACACAUAGUACAGAGAGAGGAGCAUUCAACAUGCGCCUAUGCAUACGAUACGCCACAAUGCUUGCUGUAUGCCGCUUGCCGCUUGCCGUUUGCAGCUUGCCGCCUGCCGCCUGGCAUUGUGCAUACCGAAUGGGAAAUUGCCUUCUGACUGACAACUUACAAAGAAUUUGAAUUUAGAAAAUUGCAAAUUUAUGUAGAAGCCAAGGGAACACACUGACUCAGACACAAAUACACUCCGUACCAGAGAAGGGGGAACCCUUGGAAGACCAAAAUCUAUGCAGUCUUCUUUGAAUCCGCCACUGAGUCCUGCCUCAACAAAAGAAAAAAGGCAGUGCCUGCAUAUGCAUGACAUCUCACUGCCCCAGUCUCGGCGGAUCCAUUGCCCCAUUGCCCCUUAUUGUCCCAUUUCCACAUUGACCUUUCCCCUCUCUCAAUGUGGCUCUCUCUCUCUUAAGAGAAAACUUGUGGUUAGGUAAUUCCUUUACAAGUUACUUUGAUUCGCAAUCAAAUGCAUUGUUCGAUCUGUCGUCUGUCGGCAAUUGUGUUUUGAUUUCAAGCUACUUGAGAUGCUGCUCACUUCUGCCGUGUGGCACAGGUACGAGUACAUAUACUCGAAUAGAGAUGUAUUGAGUUCUUAAUGGGGAAUAAAUCAAUCCAACAGUUCAAGCAUUGCAUCUAACUAUUUAUACACUCGGGUCACUAGGCUAUGCAUACAUGUAUGCGUCGAUGUCGAUGUGCAGUUGAAAGUUCAGGAAUUAAAACUGUCCGAACUGGGAGCUGAGUUCAGUCAACUGUCCGUUUAGCUGCCAGUUAACGUAUAAUUGGACAUUGAUAAAUUGAAAGAUAUUUUAAGUGAGCCCAACUCCAACUGAAAGGUGAAGCACUGCAGGCUAAAAGCUUUUAUUAGUGAAUUGUGCCUAAGCCAUGUUGCAUGUGGGAGAUAAAUAAUUACAGGAAAACUACACCGAUUUCAUGAUUUUAGAUCAGCAAGUACCCGUAGAAAUAGCAAUAUAGGAGUGUAGGAAAAUGAGGCACCGACACAAAAGGCUUUUUUUGUAGGCUCCAGCCGAAAGCGAAUUUAAGUGAAAUUAGAUAGUGAAUCAGAACCAAAUCACAGCCAGAACAGUGCAGAGAAAUGUGGUGGCAUAUGUUUUUUGGCAUCCGUGACCACAGUCAAAUGGUGUCCCCAGUCAAUGCCAACUCCGGGCAGGGCAGGAAGCGUUCAGAGAUUUCCCUCAUGAUGGCUAGAUGAGUCGGCGGAAUUUUUCAAUUGUUGUUUCAUUUGAUGCCAGUCAAGUGGUGAACCGAACGCGAUUGUUGGAAACAUUCUGGCUGGUCAUGGUUUCAGCCUGAUAGCCGCACGACCGCGCAGCCAAGCUGGCCCCCAGGCGUUAAUUGAAAUCCGGCUUAGAAACUGAGGCCCGAACCCGGCCCGUUCAGGGUCCCACGAAACAUCCAAAACUCGGACAUCAUGCAGCCAUUAAACAAUAACAAUUUUACUGAACCGCACACAUGAACACACACACGAAAUAGGACUAAUGCGGGAGAGUCCUUUAACAUUUUGUGGAUGAUUUGUGGUGCAAUAAAGCAGGCCAUUUAAUAGGGCGAAUGGAGACAAAGACUGAGACUAAGAAUGAGACUGAGACUGAGACCAAGACCGAGCCUCGAGAACCUCUUUAACCUUUUCGAACCCAAAAUCGAAAACGAAACGAAACGAAUAGGAGAAAUUGGGAAAUAUCAAAACGAACAAGCUCAUUCCCAAUUUAUAUUAAAUCGAAAGUCCACAAAUGGUUCAGCUGACCCCAAAACAACAAUGGGGUCACCCACACGCACACUCUCCCGCUCACAUGGGGUAUAAUCUUAUCGUGCAGCAAGCCUUUUUCCGCUUGGCUGGCGGGUAAAGGAAGGGAAAGGUUGCAAUGGGAUGGGAUGGGAUAGAAGGAAGUGUUCUCGGAUGGUUUCCGGAAUGGGUCCUGCGAUGCCCUGCAUUGGGGGCCCGCAUAUCAGUCAAGGGCCAAGUCAAACAAGUCCGCCAAAUGGAUUGUCUAUCUUGCGGGCUUGGUUGUAUGUUUUUCUCCCUUUCUGUGUGUGUGUCUCUCUCUCUCUCUCUCUCUCUCUCUCAUUCACUCUCUCUAUCUAUAUAUAUAUAUAUCUAUCUAUCUGUCUGUCUCUCUGUGCCAAUCUAUUUCUAUUGAAUUCUCUCUCACUUUGCCUCAAAACAUUACAAACAAAAUAAUACAAAACAAAAAAAAUGAAAAUGAUACGAUAAAAAAAAAAACAAACAAAAAAU